GGCGCGGGGCGCGGCUCCGGCAGUCCGCCGCCGUCCCGGCGUGCCCCGCGCGCGGCGCUGGCUGGGGCCGCUCUGGCGCGGCCGCCUCACCGUGCCUGCUGCGAGCGCCGGCGGCUCGGCGGGGAAGAUGGCGGCGGAGGCGGCGGAUUCCUGGGACGCCGACAGCUUCGAGGUGGUGGAGCCGGUGGCGAAGCGGCUGGUGCCGGGAGUGGCCGGGGACCGCUGGGCCGGCGAGGAUGAGGAGGACGACGUGAAGGAUAACUGGGAUGAUGAGGAGGAAGAGGAGGAAGUAAAGGAGACAGAGGUAAAACAAGAACCAAAAGUUUCAGAAAAGAAGAAAAUAGCAGAAAAAAUAAAAGAAAAAGAAAAGCUACAGAAGAAAAAGCAAGAGGAGCUUAAAAAAAGGUUAGAGGCACCAGAGGAACAUAGAGAACUUACACCAGAAGAACAGUUAGCAGACAAACUACGACUAAAGAAGUUACAAGAGGAGUCAGAUCUUGAGUUAGCAAAAGAAACAUUUGGUGUAAAUAACACUUAUGGAAUAGAUGCCAUGAAUCCCUCUUCAAAAGAUGACUUUACGGAAUUUGGCAAACUACUAAAAGAGAAAAUUACACAGUAUGAAAAAUCAUUACAUUAUGCCAGUUUUUUGGAAGCACUAGUUCGAGACGUAUGUAUUUCAUUGGAAAUUGACGAUUUGAAAAAGAUCACAAAUACUUUGACAGUACUAUGCAGUGAAAAACAAAAACAAGAAAAGCAGAAUAAAGCCAAAAAGAAGAAAAAAGGUGUUGUGCCUGGAGGUGGUUUAAAGGCUACUAUGAAAGAUGACCUGGCUGAUUACGGAGGAUAUGACGGCGAAUACGUACAAGACUUUGAAGACUUCAUGUGACAUUUAUCUCCCCUUCUCUUGUCUUUCUGUUGCCCAUAAUCCCUUAAACAUGUAGCACAACUUUUCUUCCUUUAAAUUCUGCCAAAUGCUACAAUCAAAAUUGCAGUAUCUCUGUGCUGGUGGUUUAGCUCUUGACGGGUCCGUGCCGAAGCUCUGGGCUUCCCGGUCCGUGGUCAGGGGUUAGAGUGAAGACAUUUAAAAGCUAUGUAAAUUGCAGUUAAAAACCCCCAAAUUCUGAUAAUGGUAACUGUUGCUAUUUAAUUUUACAGUAACAGCCACUAAAUUGGAGAUGAAUUCCAACAAGGCAAAGUAUUAUUACAGCACAGUCGGGUGACAUGGCCUUAACUGUACCCCCGGGAAUGACUCGUUUGAACAAAAGCAGUUUGCAGCAAGGGCAUGGUGUGCACUUAGUAUUACAAUCGCUUUGUCUUAAGUUAGAGCUUGAGGUUUUCAGCAUAUUGUGAAGGGGAACUGCGGACUUCAGAGGGAGGGUCCUGCGCCUGGGAACGCAGCGCUUCAGGGACCCCCGGCUUCAGCGCUUGACAUGGAGCAGAACAAGCGUGGGUCAGAACAAGCAGAGUUGCUUAUUUGAAAAAAAACCAAACCGACCAACACCAACAAACGAAUGACUUGUUCUUGAGGAUGAAGUUUAGUUUCCGUUCAUCUAAAUUUCUACUAAUGCAGCUGUAUGGGUUGGGUAUUCUUUAACAGUUAAUUGCCUGGUUUAAGUGUAAAAAAACAAGACUUCCUUUUGGUCUCUCCUGGGUUGUGGUAGAUCUUUCACAACUCAGCCAUUUUCUUUCAUUUAAAAAAAAAAAAAACAACAACUUGCUUAGCAAACUGCAACAGUUACUACAGUUGGGCAAAUUGUUAUGUUAACAAUUAUGACAUCUGCAAUGUUUUAUAAAGCAACUAAUUUAAUAAAAAUCACUAUUGAGGACUUCA